AUGCCUUCCCCAACUCCAUACCGUUCCGCGGAUCCGCCAGGCUCCCCGGGGAACGAUUCUGAUUCAGACCUCGAUCUCGACAUUCAGGAGCUCGACCCUGCGACCACAAGCACCGAACGCACUUCUGGUCUCAUCCGCCACGAUCGCCAAAACAACGAACACCGAUCGCCACGUAUAGCACUGCGAAAUCUACGCAUGGGGGGCUCACGUCGGGCUGUGCAGAAGGCCAGGGGAUAUGGAGAACUCGGCCAGAACCGCGAUGGCGCCAGCGAGGAUGCCCAAGCACUCCUCGGCGAAUCCGAAGGCUCUUCGUCACAGUACAGGGACGGACACGCAGGUGUAGGCUCCGACGAUGAUUCACCUCUCCUCCCCGGGGGCUCACCACCCAGGCGCCGCUCCUUCGCCGGAGACAGGUUCGAGCGCCUCACCUCCAGCCUACGACUGCCCAGCUUCAUGUCGAAUUCAGGGGCACAAGAGGCAAGCAAGGACGAUGGGCAAGACCAAGAUGAGGACGACCCGUCCAGCUCCCGUCUUGUCGCCGUAGGGUCCGCGCAGGCGACAAGGUUUCCCCCGAACCUUGUAUCGAACGCCAAAUACACAGCGCUCACAUUCCUGCCCGUCACUCUGUAUAACGAAUUCUCCUUCUUCUUCAACAUGUACUUUUUGCUGGUGGCUUUAUCCCAGGCAAUUCCCGCUCUCCGCAUCGGUUACCUCACAACAUAUGUUGCACCGCUAGCCUUUGUCCUUUUUAUCACCAUGGGAAAGGAGGCUUACGACGACAUCGAGAGGAGGAGGAGAGACAAUGAGGCCAAUGCGGAGGCGUAUACUAUCUUGGCAUUUGACGAACCUGGUCGGGGCAUGGCUUCUGGACGGCGGUCUCAUAAGAGGCUCAAGUCAGAUUCAAUGAGGAAGAAGGGCAAAAGCUCAGUCAACAACCGUGACAGGCUCUCGGAUAUACAAGAAGAAGAAGAGCGAGCUGAGGGAGACGGCCACUCCGCAGAGCCGUCUUCGUUUGUCCGUGAAGUCAAUCGCAAGUCGCGCGACCUCAAGGUUGGGGAUGUCCUCAAGUUGGGCAAGGGGCAAAGAGUCCCUGCCGAUGUGGUCAUUUUGAAGUGCAUCACUUCGGAGACCACGAAUGCGUCUCCAGUUAUGGAGCCGAUCGUGGAAGAGGAAUUGUUGCUGGUUGAUACGGACGAAGAAGAGUCCAAGAACGCAAAGAUGCUCACCAAGGGCAAAGAUGUUGAGAACAAUGACGGCGGCGGCGGCGCAACUGGCGAGACUUUCAUCAGAACCGACCAAUUGGAUGGAGAAACAGACUGGAAGCUACGGCUGGCAUCACCCUUGUCGCAAACUUUGCCUACGGAGGAGUUUGUGCGUCUUCGUGUCACAGGAGGCAAACCGGAUAGGAAAGUGAACGAGUUCUUGGGUACCGUCGAGCUAUUGCCCAGCAGACGAGACGCUCAAAACCAACAGGGAGCGCUCAACGGGGAUGAAGGCACCUCGGCUCCUUUAUCGAUCGACAACACAGCCUGGGCGAACACGGUCAUCGCCUCCAAUGCCACCACGCUCGCAGUUAUCAUGUACACCGGGCCUCAGACAAGGUCCGCACUGUCUACUGCGCCCUCGCGAUCGAAAACCGGCCUCCUGGAAUACGAAAUCAAUUCUCUAACAAAGAUUUUAUGCGCGCUAACGUUGGCACUCUCCAUUAUUCUCGUCGCAUUGGAAGGUUUUGGGAAUACCGAAGGAAACGUUUGGUACAUCAAGAUCAUGCGCUUCCUGAUUCUCUUCUCGACAAUCGUACCCAUCAGUCUGCGUGUCAAUCUCGACAUGGGCAAGAGCGCGUACUCUUGGUUCAUCCAACGAGACCCUGGCAUUCCUGGGGCCGUUGUUCGAACAAGCACGAUUCCUGAAGACCUGGGUAGGAUCGAGUAUCUACUGAGUGACAAGACUGGCACCCUGACGCAGAACGAGAUGGAGAUGAAGAAAAUCCAUGUCGGCACGGUCUCCUACGCCAACGAGGCCAUGGAUGAGGUCACGUCAUAUGUCAAACAAGGUUUCCAUAUCCAGCCUACUACCGACCCUUCGUCGCAUACGAUGCUGAUGACGCCUUCUACAACAUUCGCAAACUCAUCAAACGUCGGGGCGACCCGUACGAGAAGAGAGAUCGGGUCUCGCGUCCGAGACGUUGUCCUCGCUCUGGCAUUGUGUCACAACGUGACUCCAACGACAGAGGAGGAGGAUGGGAAGACUGUGGUCUCGUACCAGGCAUCUUCUCCCGACGAGAUUGCUAUCGUCCGUUGGACGGAGUCUGUCGGCCUUCGCCUCGCCUACCGGGAUCGUACAAGCAUGGUCCUCGAGUCAACGGAAAGCGGCCGCGAGAUCGUUCGCGUACGCAUCCUCGAUGUCUUCCCUUUCACUUCCGAAGGGAAACGUAUGGGCAUUAUCGUUCAGUUUUUCGAGCAAGCCCAGUCGGCAGCGCCGAAUCUCGCCAACAGCGAAAUUUGGUUCUACCAAAAGGGUGCUGACACUGUGAUGAGUCCAAUCGUCGCCGAGAAUGACUGGCUCGAUGAGGAAACAUCCAACAUGGCUCGAGAGGGCUUGCGCACACUUGUGGUCGGACGAAAACGUCUGUCGUACGAACAGUACAAAGAAUUCACCGGAAGCUAUCAAGCGGCUUCGCUGGCCAUUGCUGGCCGCGACGCCGGUAUGCAACGUGUUGUGGCUCAGUAUCUCGAGCGCGACCUGGAACUCCUUGGUGUCACUGGUGUGGAGGAUAAGCUUCAAAAAGACGUCAAGCCAUCUCUGGAACUGUUAAGAAACGCCGGCAUCAAGAUUUGGAUGUUGACCGGUGACAAGGUCGAGACCGCACGCUGCGUGGCCGUAAGCUCCAAGCUGGUUGCCCGUGGUCAGUACAUCUACACCGUGUCCAAGCUUAAGAAGAAAGACAACGCGCAAGAACACCUCGAUUUCCUCCGUGGCAAAACAGACUCUUGCCUCCUGAUUGACGGCGAGAGUCUGGCCCUGUUUCUUACCCAUUUCAGGAUCGACUUUGUGUCCGUUGCCGUCCAGCUCCCCACUGUCGUUGCCUGCCGAUGCUCGCCGACGCAGAAGGCAGAGAUUGCAAAGCUGAUCAAGGAGUAUACUAAGAAGCGCGUCUGCUGUAUCGGAGAUGGCGGCAAUGAUGUUUCCAUGAUCCAGGCAGCGGACGUUGGUGUUGGUAUUGUGGGCAAGGAAGGUCGACAGGCCAGUUUGGCAGCAGACUUCUCGAUCGAACAGUUCUUCCAUCUGACCAAGCUCCUGGUCUGGCACGGUCGAAACAGUUACAAGCGCAGCGCUAAGCUCGCCCAGUUUGUCAUCCAUCGUGGGUUGAUCAUUGCUGUCUGCCAGACGAUGUACAGCAUCGCCAUUAAGUUCGAGCCUGAAGGUCUUUAUAAGGACUGGCUUCUUGUGGGAUACUCCACCGUGUACACUGCUUUUCCUGUGCUUUCCCUCGUGCUCGACAAGGAUGUCGACGAGAAUUUGGCAAACCUCUAUCCUGAGCUGUACAAGGAGCUCACCUCCGGUCGAUCACUAUCUUAUCGGACCUUCUUCGUCUGGGUUGCCGUUUCGAUUUAUCAAGGUUGUACGAUUCAAGGUCUCUCGCAGAUUCUCACGGACGUCGACAGCCCCAAGAUGGUGGCUGUGUCGUACACCGUACUAGUACUCAACGAGCUCCUCAUGGUUGCCAUCGAAAUUACAACCUGGCAUCCCGUCAUGAUCAUCUCCAUAGUUGGUACCUUCGUCGUAUUUGUGGGCUCCAUUCCGUUUUUGGGUGGCUACUUUGACCUUCAGUUCAUCAUCACUUUGGGAUUCAUCUGGCGCGUCCUCGCCAUCGCGUCUAUAUCGCUCAUCCCUCCAUACGCGGUGAAACUCAUCAGGAGAACGAUGAAGCCGCCCUCGUACAGAAAAGUGCAGAGCACGUAG